GGGCCUGUAAUAGAUGUCUGGCGGCACACUUCGGUGCUUUUUGUCCUUGACUUAAAUGUAAACCAAUGAGUGGAGAAGCAGUGAUUUUGUCUUUAUUAUUAUUUCAAAUGUAUUUAAAAUUAUGAAUGUGGGUCCUUGUUGCAAAAACGAAGACAAACACUUUUUUAAUGGUAAAAUGCGUAAUGUUAAUGUGUAAGUAAAGACGCAUCUGGGCUGCCUGGACAAAAACUGUCCAAAAUGUUGCAGAACAGUUUGACAGUUGCCGCACAUAUCAGAUGAUGAACAAAAUCUGUCUGAGCAUUGUCUUUUGCGCCUUUACAGAUUUCUAAAAUUGUUACAGGUAGCCCUCUUUAUACCAAGAAACUGCACAAUUUUCACACCUUGAAAACACUAAAAACACAUCAUAACAGAUAUGCCUGAAGAGGAGAGCGGGCUGUUGAGUGGUUUAGGUAGUCUCAUGUUGUUGGGCUAUAAUAUUUCUCCCACAACACGAAACUGCCUUGAUUACCUCAGUAAAACUCGUCGCAUCAUGGAAAGUGAAUCCAUAUUAAUUACUGGUCGAAUUUAUUAAUCAUUUGGCGCAGACUGCUUCAAACACAUAAACAUUUAUUAUUCCAAAAAGUGCAAUAAAGUGUUUUGUUGUUGUGCGUAAAAGGAACUCUUGAUAUGAUUUUUGUCUUUCAGUGGGUUUUCAUUAUGCAGCUAAAUUUUAUUAUAUAUGUAUCUGGACUCGGUUACAUUCAAUCUUAGAGAUACAAAGUGUUCACCAUGUCUAUAAUUUAAGGCACAGUCUGUAAAGGAGUCUGAGAGUCUCUAUGUGAUCUAAACAGCAGGAAGUUAAGAUGCAGGCUGGGAAAUGAAAGGAUUAAGGCUCGUAUAUGUCCAGGAGAGGAGGAAAGGACAGACAAGGCCUCGGUUAUGAUCAUUGCAGUCUGCCAGUUGCCUCGCCGUAGGAAAUGCCGGAUGCGUCUGCUUGAGCCAGAGAAAAGACACAAAGGCUGAGCUUUAUUGGUGAUAUUAAGCUUAGACAGCCAGGUUGUAACCUUAAGAAAAACAACCCAAUUGCCCGUGAUAAAAGGGACUGUUAUAUAGCACCCAAAUAACCUUACCCCACUUUCCGUUUUAGAUUGUCUUCAAAGUAGACCCACAAACCUGCAGACACAGCAAUGUGCAUCUUGGAAACCUUAAUAUGUUUUGACAUUGUAAACUCCAGUGAUGCUUUAAACACAUCUCUCCUUGUUUUAUCUUAUUUAAGAAGUCGUUUUUGUGUUUUAUAUUCCAACCACUAACAAGAACCAGAAUUUUCUUUCCCAAAGUUAGAGGUUUAUGGAUGGAGGUCAUUAAAUUAUUUUACAUGUUUUAUUUUCGAGAAUAAAUAAUCCCAUUAGUUUUAAUGGAUAUACAAUUUUUUUAAGGGAAGAGGUUGUUUGGUGAUUUCACAAAUGGAGGCUUUAAAGUAAUACCCCCCUGCUCCCCUCUAUCACAACACCAACAUCAGAUCUCUUGACAAAAAUCAUAACGUUUAUUGCUUAUAAAACGUAAUAUUUCCCAAUAAAAGCGCGGGGAUUUGCUAUUAAAAUAUGGUAGGGAAAAUGGUGGCCAUUUACUUGAGCAGCAGGCUGAUUUAUUAUUUAUUGUUCUGUCCCACGGUCACGUGUUUGGGGCGCCCUAUCCAGUCUUGGGCAAGGUUCAACUUACUGGACGCAUUGAGCCCCUAUAGCUGGUGCAGGAAAGCAGCACAUUAUAUGCAAUGACUCUGUUUUUUCUAAACAUUGCAGGACUGUAACCCGUUAUUUUUUGCUUUUGCAUUUUUGCAAUGUCGACGUUGGGAACUAGUUAUUAUGUUGAGUCGCCUGUUCUUCCCGAGCAGGAAGAUAUGGCACCGAGGUACUCAUCAGCUGCAGGGGUGGAGCAGACGAUGCUCAGCGAAUAUGGCGGACACGAGUCUUGUCCUUUGCAGGCGAAAUCUUCUAUUUUUGGUGGAUCUUGGAAUCCCAUCUCGGCCCACCCUCCAAACACAGCCACUCCGACCUAUAUACAUCACCAUUACACGAGCGGGGACAGCGAUGGCAUGUUUACGCGCUCCUGGGCGUUGGAUCCGGUCUCGGCGUCCCUGUGUUUGACGGGAUUACCAUCGACAGCCAUGCAUUAUGAGAUAAAACCCGAACCUCUGAUUGGGAGUGCUGAAUGUACAACUUUGGAGGCGCACACACCUCUUUUGUCUGACAUCGGAAACGAAGCGUCCCUUGCGGAGAUUCCCUGCGAAACCACAUCCACGUCUAAAACCACUGAAGAGAGCCCGUCAGCAGAGGACAAGAGGGAGAUAGAUGCAAAUAACCCAUCAUCCAACUGGCUUCACGCGAAGCCCACCAGAAAAAAGCGUUGUCCAUAUACAAAGCAUCAAAUCCUCGAACUGGAAAAGGAGUUUCUGUUUAACAUGUACCUCCCCCGGGAUCGUAGAUACGAAAUAGCGAGAGUCCUGAGUUUGACCGAGAGACAGGUGAAAAUCUGGUUUCAGAACCGCAGGAUGAAGAUGAAGAAAGAAAACAAAGACCGGCGGAGAGACAGUUAACUGGUUUUGGACUGAUGGUGGAUUAGAGCCUGAGGGGGGAGCAGGGGGAGGGAGAGGGAGGCCUGUCUUUAAUAUUCCUGACCUAUUACACAUGUUGUUGUAAAAUUUGUGUUGUUAAAACAAUGCUGGGUUGUUUUUUCUAUGAUAUCCAGUGUUUCAUGUUUGUGAGAGGACAAAGUGUCUCGUCUGAAUUUAGAUGUGUUGUAUUUGGCGCACAGAAAUAGUUAAACUAUAGUCCAUUUGUUAUUUGCAUGAAAGUAUCCUUGACUACCUGAAUGUCUUUCAGCUACCUAUUUGCAUUGUUUAAGUUAUUGUUUUUGCAGUCUAGAUGUUUUUUAACGGAUAGGUUUUUAUCCAUUUGUGAAAACACUGUGCACACUCAAAAUACCUCGUAGUUCCUGGUUUCACCCAAAAUAAAGAGCAGUUUGUAUAGCACAUUAGAAACGUAUUAUGUCUUAAUAAUUUGUUAUCAUUUUGCUUAAUAUUAAAACAUGCCAAACAGUUUAACAAUAUAUAUAUAUAUAUACAGGCUUACUAUACAUGAAUAAAAUACUAAAACUUACUUAAUUUACUGCUCGGUUCACCAUAAAUUGUAUUAACUAUUUCGACAAAAUUAGAAUUUUUACUUUUGUCAUUUUAAGAUUUUAAAAAGCCCACUUUUACUUCGUCUUCUGGUUUGUAACCAUUGAGCUUUAUGGCGCAAACAACCCAAAUAAGCCACAAAACUUCCCAAGGCCUGUCCACAUUUCUUUUCUCUCUCAGAACCAAAUAUUGAAUGCAAAGAUUUAAAAAAUGGCUGCAGUUACUUGAUUUAUCUUUAGAUGUCCUUGGAUCCUUCGUUUGAAAAGCUUUUAGGCUACAGAAAUUAAAUCCGCAGAAUCGAUUGCAAACCAACAUGUACCAAUUUGAAAUAAAGUCACGAAAGAGUGAGAGCAAAUUAAAGACAUAGGGAAACACAGUUUAGUAUUUAUAGAAUAUUUUGCAUUUAAUUAUUGUCUGAAACGCAGCAUGUGUACUUUGUAGGACAUUUGCGGCCUUUGAACGCCCUACAAACUAGACUAGGUGCCCUCCUGCAAUAAACCACAAUUGCAGCCUCGACUGUUUAUAAGGUGCGAAAACAGCAAAGCAUGUAGAGGCUCUGUGACAGCAGUAAACCAGUAUUUCUAAUGAGGCUCGGACUAACAGUCAAAUAUGUGAUAUUGUUAGAUAGGCCUGAAGGCAUUGGGGUAACACACACACACACACACACACACACACACACAUACAGACAAACACAGGAGAAGUGUGUGUGUAUAUGGCAGGAUUGCAGAUGGGUCUGUCCUGAAACGUCUAAUUACUUUACAACAGUCUACCAGCAAUUAGACUGUCCAGAAACAUCCGUUUGUUGUUUUGUCUCAGCAGAACAGGCACACACACACACACACACACACACACACACACACACACACACACACACACACACACACUAACACAACAACACUGAAACAGUUUCCAAAUAAACUCCACAACACACAUCACUUUAUUUGGUGAACAAGUAGAAAAUGACACACAUAAAAAAACAAAAAAACAUUUGGUAGUUAACCCCCCACAAACUUUAAUUAGAACAAACACCACCGUCCUGAUGGUGGUGUCGGUGCUGCGCGCUGAGCUGAGUGCUGCUGUGCUCUGACCGCCAGCAGGUGGAGGCAGCAGCUCAUCUGAGGAACAACGUUCAAACCGGAUGAUGCGUUCAUGGCACACCAAGACCACUCCCCAUUUAUUACAGACCUGCACAAAUUGCGUCGUUUUCGUCGUAAAUCAUCUGAUCCCGCUGCGUGGUCUGUUUCAUUGUAUCGUCAUCUGUGGCAUGAAUUGCUCUUUAAAGAUCUUUAUUUAAUUAAAGUGGGGUUCUGUUUGUGCCAGGGGGAUCCUUUACAUUUUUACUGCCGCUUCUGAGAAAAGCACAAAAUAGUUUCUGAAAUGACUCCACCUUGUGCUUUUGAAUAGUUUAGAGGAAUGGCUGCAGCUAUGAUAAUCACACAUGGCUGCAUGCAUGUUCUAAUAAAUACUCACAAAUAUUGAUAUAAACUGUUGCAUAUCAAAGGCAAAUAUAUAAUUUUAUAUCCAUCAAUAAAUAAGCAACUAUGUGAACACAUAGUAUGUGUGAGCAUAUAUGCAUACAUGAAAUGCUCUGCUGAUCAUGAUUGAGGUGGCAUGAUGAUCACAUGAUUAUCCACACACCUGCAUUUUCAGAGGCAUGUCAUCACUUUCCUUUUUCCAGGAGCUGGUCCAGGGGUUCGGCUGGUGGACCCUAACUGAGCGAUGAACUUGAGGUCCUAAAAAGGCAACUGAGCGAGGACACUUGAAUCAAAGAGGCAGAUAACUGACAGCUAGACUGGUAGUCUCUUAAAAG